AUGGACCCAAGCGCCGUGAUGUACGAUAUCGCUCCUGGCAAAGUCGCUGGGCAGAGAGACAACGGCGCCGACGACGAUCUGAAUGAAGCAACGAUGCAGACCGGUCAGAAUGGCGAACAGCCAUUGCGCAACGAGCCUACUGAACUGGACGUCUCGUAUCAGGCGCUCGACUCGUUUGACAAAUACGCAACUAUGGCACACAUGACUGUUCACCGUCGCCGUCAGAACCUCUACGCCCUGCCUUCAUCAAACUUCCAAGUCCUGGCCAACCCACCAUUCAACUUGUUAGACAACUUGGCGGCUGUUGACGAUGCCAUCGAUAACUUCCCUCGCGGCGAGGUCUCGGCCGCUGACAUGCCCUGGAACGGCUUUGCUAAGAUUCACGACCACAACAAAGCACAGUCUACUCUACGUCAAUUCUACCGUGACUGGACGGCAGAAGGCUUCGCUCGAGAGAUUGAGCCGCUUCUCAACAUGAUCUUGGCAGAUCUUGAGAAGUACUCACCACCACUGGCGGACAAGACUCUCAGAACCAAUGAGUAUUCGAAUAUCCUCCUGCCAGGUUCCGGCCUCUCACGUCUUCUCCUCGAGCUCACCCUUCGUGGUCACAAUGUCACGGGAAACGAGAUCAGCUACCACCAAUUGAUGGGCUCCCAAUUCAUUCUUAAUGGCAAUGCCUCGGGUGCAAACAGCUGGACCAUCUACCCUGGGUAG